AUACAGUAUAUGUAGAUACUGUAGAGAGAUAGAAUUUAAUUGAUUGGAGAGAUUGCUUGAUGAAAUGCAGUUCUCACUUUCUUGACAGAGGACUAUUGACUGAAUAUCAGCAGCACUCACAAUGAACGGAACCUGGAACAUGAGCCUGGACCUGGACCUGUAUUUUGCCAGAGUGCCCAAGCGCUCCCUUGACGGGCCCUACAUUGCUGCGGAGCUGUUCAUUGCAACCGUGUCCAUCGCAGGCAACAUUCUGGUCUGCCUUGCCGUCAAGCGAAAUAAGAAGCUCCAGACGGUGACUAACUACUUCCUGGUGUCCCUGGCCAUGGCCGACUUCUUUGUGGGUGCCCUGGCCAUCCCCUGUGCCAUCUUGACAGACCUGGGCAUGCCCUUCCACAACCUGUACCUCUGCAUCCUGAUGCUCUCAGUCAUCAUCAUGCUAACGCACACCUCCAUCUUCAGCCUGCUAGCAGUGGCUGUGGAGCGCUACAUUGCAAUCCUACUGCCCCUGCACUACCAGAGGCUUAUGAAGCCCUGGAACGCCAGACUGAUCAUACUGGUCACCUGGGUCUUGGCCUUCUUAACUGGGUCCAUUCCUCUGAUGGGCUGGCACAAAACCCCACCACAAUCCAGCCACUGCUUCUUUACCUGUGUAAUCAAUUUGUCCUACAUGGUGUACUUCAACUUUUUCGGCUGCGUGCUGGUGCCCCUUGUCAUCAUGUUUGUCAUCUAUGCCCACAUCUUCGUGACGGUGCGGAGGCAGCUGAGGCGCAUCACCGCGCUGCAAGGCGCCACGCCCACGACAGCCGAGAUGCCUACUACAGCCACGGGCAGAGUCACGGGGUUGCGUCGCGAGAUGAGGAAGGCUACUUCCCUCUUCCUCCUCCUCUUCCUCUUCACCAUCUGCUGGCUGCCCCUUCAUGUGGUCAACUGCUUUCUGCUGCUGUGCCCGCGCUGCGAGGUGCCUAUGCCCGUGCAGCUCCUGGCCAUCCUCCUCUCCCACGCCAACUCGGCUGUUAAUCCACUCUUGUACGCGUACCGCAUGAAGGCCUACCGUCAGACCAUCAAGACCAUGUUUCCUUAUUGCAGGACCACUGUUGUUGAACCAGAGAGCACUCGCGGAGAUGUUGACACCACUAGAAAGACCACGGCUACUGCUUAA